GCGAGUGUUGCGACGCCGCCCUUUUUCUGUCAACUACUUCGUUUUUUAAAACUUUAGACACAUCUAACUUAUUGCCUUUUCUUUUCUCGUACCGCGGUAAUGAAAAAGACAAUUGGCCUCCCUCUGGAGAUUUGGAUCAGAAUCUGCUCCUUUCUCUGUGCCCAAAGCCGCUGGCCCUCACACGAAGCUUAGAUAUCCAGUGAACUUCGAAGCCUCUUGCGUGCGAGUCAAAAGCUGCGUAUCGCCGCAGAACCCUUUGUUUACUAUAAAAUAAGAUGGCUAAAGGGGGAUACUGUGCUGGCCAAGCAUCUUCUUGAUAACCCACAUCUAGCGCGCCAUGUCCGCGCGUCCACUCGAUGGCCGUUUUGUGUUACUGAUGGUAUUCAAAAGACGACGAGUCAACCCGAGCAUAAAGACGCCAUAGCACCACAGUGUGUUAUGAAAUCAGCAACGGGUCGUUUUCUAUCAUCAAUGGUGAACCUUGAAUACCUUACUUUUAUAGGUGGCAGCGAUGAUACCUUUCUUUCCGAAGUUGGUCCCGCCACCAAGUGAGCGCUUCGUCUUGAUAAGCUGCGGACGCUAGAAAUUGGCACUGAUUCAGACAUUGAGCCACUUGAUCUUACAGGUCCAGCGCUGUAUGAGAUUCUGGUGGUAGCGCCGCAUUUAGAAGAGUUGCGUAUUGACGCCUUUACAAUUCCGUCUACAGCCUCUGCCAACCACAUGGACCACUUGCGACCUACUCUUAGUAGCUUGCGCCGAUUGACGAUUGCCGACGACAGUUUUCACCUUGAACAAUUCGAAUACUUGCGAAGCUGGCUAAGCCUAUGCUCAAAACUCCAAACGUUCCUAUGGAUUGGGAUCGGAGAAGGACAUGGUAUAAAACAGACAGACGAGAUUAUGCACACUUUGGAGCCCCUAGGGGAGACACUUCUAAAGCUAGACCUCAACAUUCACACUCCCGUGUUGGAUUAUUGCGAAGCUGGCAAUUUUGACCCAUUCAAACGCCUGGAGGCAUUGAUUAUUCCGAGCACUAUGCUUUGUGACUGUCCGAAAGAACCCACUUGGGAGCAUAGUGUAGACUGUUCUACGAGCCUCGCCAGACUUCUUCCAGUAACAGUGAAGCGGCUCACUGUCAUUACGCAAGGCCCCAGUUGCCAGGGAUCGGGUCAUGCUAUUCAUCUUGGCUAUGAAUAUAAGUUGAGGACGGAUUUGCAACUGAAAAGACUUCGAAUGGCAGCUGAUACUUGGUGGAACGAGUACGACGAAGACGACGGGUCAGAGGUGGAGCGUAGAUGCUCGACCGAUGAUAUGGCUAUGGCUGGAUUACAAGUGAAGGACGCAUUUGCUUUGAAUAGAGUCAAGGAGCAAAUGACAUGCUACUACUCUCCCAUUCGAUACGAGGGGUGGAGAUGGUGUUUGACCGAUUCCGACGAUGAAGUUGAGGCGCAUGCAUAUACCAACUCGACAGUCGACGAGGAUUCUGAGCGGAGCGAUGAAAGUGAUGCGGAAGUCUGAGGAAUAGAUUUUCUCAUGGUCAACUUCUAUAUGUAUGGGAGGAGUAUAGAGAGGUACCGCUUCUUUUCUUUUCCUUCUCGGCUGCUCGCAUGUCUAGCCUCAGCCUUGCUGGCUCGGCGGGCCGGCGUUCCCGGAGGUCCGUUCCGCGCCACCCGCGAGGCUCCGAGUUGGAUGGAUUAGAGCCGUGGGGGAAGUCUGAGGACAAUCAGGCUGGGAGAAUAUGCCCACCAAUCUGUGCGAGCUGAGAUUAUAGAAAGGGUGAAGUCGACGUCAGACAGACAGUGAGACGACCAAGUUGUCGGCGUCUAGUUGUCAGAUGUCUAAUGAUGGAUGGACGUAGAGAUUGUUCAUUGCAUAUUGAGAAUUUCAUAUCAUUAACCUACAUUAGUCGGGUACACUUCCCGCCAACUGUCAACAAACUUGAAGGCAUUUUUAGAUAAACCUAAUUGCAUUUCGUAGU